UGCAAGCUGUGUACAACUUGAUUUAUUUUACACACACACACACACACACAAGACUCCCACAUACUCCAACUCCCACACCGGCAUUUCGCACAAGCUCCACCUCCCAUGUGAGGAUCUGAGGAGCGGUGGCUCAUCUCCCUGAGCUCCUGGAAGUGUUCAAAAGAACUUGUCAAUUUGCUGCUGUCGAUCAACGCCGGCGCUUGCCUACGAUUGGCUGCAGUUCAGAGCCCCGGUCCCGGGACUCAGCCGCGCCAAGCCAAGCCGGGUCGCCGCGGCUCACUCGCUACUUUGCAAUGGCAGCGGCGCAGACAACGGAGCUGCGGCAGCGAGCCGCCACCUCUUGCUCCACACCGCUCCAGAUGCGCUAACGUGCCUCCUGUCCACAGCGAACUCCAGUCGGAAAGGCGGGGGGUGGCGGGGCGAAAGAGCACAAGCUGGGAUCGCCGUCUGAAUUAACCCUCCUGCUGCUACGCCUUGAGGAAGAGGUUCCUGGAGCGGGGAUGGGUCGCUUGCUUGCGCCGCUGCUCACCCUGCUCCUGUGGGCUCGGACAGCCGGCGCCGUGGUCAAUCUGAAAUACUCGAUCGUGGAGGAGGAAAGAGCCGGUACGGUGAUCGGCAACAUCGCCAAGGACGCCGGCUUCUCCACCUGGGAGCAGACGGUGCCGCUGUUCCGCGUCCUCUCCAACUCGGCGCCUCACCUGGUGGAGAUCAACCCGCUGACCGGCUUGCUGGUGACCAAGCAGAAGAUCGACCGCGACCUGCUGUGCCGACAGAGCGCCAAGUGCCUGAUCUCGCUGGAGGAGAUGGUGAACUCCAUGGAGAUCUACGUGAUCAAGGUGGAGAUCGUGGACCUGAACGACAACUCGCCGAGCUUCCCCACCGAGAGGAUCGACCUGGAGAUCUCGGAGACGGCGAGCCCGGGCACCCGGAUCCCGCUGGAGAGCGCUUACGACCCGGACGCCGGCCAGUACGGGGUGCAGACCUACCGGCUGAGCCCGAGCGAGCUCUUCGGCUUGGAGAUCAAGAGCCGGGGAGACGGCUCCCGCUUCGCCGAGCUGGUGGUGGAGAAGCCGCUCGACCGGGAGAAGCAGUCCCGGUACAGCUACCAGCUGAGCGCGGUGGACGGCGGAGACCCCCCGCGGGUGGGGACCACCCAGCUCAACAUCCGAGUGAUCGACUCGAACGAUAACUACCCCCGGUUCGAGAGAGCCUCGUACACGGUCAGCGUCCUGGAGAACGCGCCGAUGGGCUCUCUGGUCACCGAGCUGAAGGCUUCGGACCCAGACGAGGGCAGCAACGGGCAGGUCGUCUACUCGUUCAACAGCUACGUGCCCGAGAGGACCCGCCAGCUGUUUGGGCUGGACCCCCGCACCGGGGCGCUCACCGUCCGCGGCCAAAUCGACUACGAGGAGGGCACCGUCUACGAGAUCGACGUCCAGGCGAAAGACCUGGGACCGAACUCCAUCCCGGCUCACUGCAAGGUCACCGUGCAUGUGGUGGACGUGAACGACAACGUGCCGGUCAUCAGCCUCUUCUCGGUCAACAGCGGCACGGUGGAGGUCAGCGAGGCCGCCCCGCCCGGCUACGUGAUCGGCCUGGUGCGGGUGUCGGACCGGGACUCCGGGCCGAACGGCCGGGUCCGCUGCCAGCUCCUGGGCGAGCCGCCGUUCCGCCUGCAGGAGUACGAGAGCUUCUACACGGUGCUGGUGGACGGCCGCCUGGACCGGGAGCGGCGCGACCUCUACAACCUGACGGUGCUGGCCAAGGACGGCGGCUCGCCGUCGCUGCAGUCGUCCCGUUCGUUCGGGGUGAGGGUGAGCGACGAGAACGACAACCCGCCGGUGUUCGGGCAGCCCGCCUACCAGGUCAUGGUGCAGGAGAACAACACGCCCGGCUCGCACCUGCUCUCGGUGUCCGCCCGCGACCUCGACCUGGGCUCGAACGGGACCGUCUCCUACCAGAUCGCCCCGUCCCAGGUCAAGGACAUGCCGGUGUUCACCUACGUCUCCAUCAACCCCACCUCGGGCGACGUCUACGCCCUCCGCUCCUUCAACCACGAGCAGACCCGCUCGUUCGAGUUCCAGGUGCUGGCGAGGGACGGCGGCACCCCGCCGCUGCAGAGCAACGCCACGGUGCGGGUGCUGGUGCUCGACGCCAACGACAACGUGCCGCUCAUCUCGGCGCCGCCGCUCGUCAACGGCACCGCCGAGCUCUACAUCCCCCGCGGCGUGCCCGCCGGCUACCUGGUCACCGUGCUCCGCGCCGACGACUACGACGACGGCGACAACGGGCGCCUGAGCUACGAGAUCGCUGACGGCGGGCGCGGGUACUUCCGCAUGGAGGCGGCGAGCGGCGAGCUCCGCACCAGCCGGCGCUUCGCCGACGCCGGCUCGGACGCCGCCUUCGACCUGGUCGUGGUGGCCCAGGACCACGGGAAGCCCGCGCUCUCCUCCACCGCCCUGAUCGUGGUGUACCUGUCGCCGGCGCUGGACGCCCGGGAGUCUGGCGGCUCUCUCAACCUCUCGCUGAUCUUCAUCAUCGCCCUGGGCUCCAUCGCCGCCAUCCUCUUCGUCACCAUGAUCUUCGUGGCGGUCAAGUGCAAGCGGGACAACAAGGAGAUCAGGACCUACAACUGCAGGGUGGCCGAAUACUCCUACGGGCAGCAGAAGAAGCCCAAGAAGAAAGGCAAGAUCAGCAAGAACGACAUCCGCUUGGUGCCCAGGGACAUGGAGGAGACCGACAAGAUGAACGUGGUCAGCUGCUCCUCCCUCACCUCCUCCCUCAACUACUUCGACUACCACCAGCAGACUUUGCCCUUGGGGUGCCGGAGGUCCGAGGCGACCUUCCUCAACGUGGAGAGCCAGAACUCGAGGAACGCCGCGGGCAACCACGUGUACCACACUUUCACCAGCACCCAGAGCUCCCAGCAACAGCCAGACCUCAUCAUCAACGGCAUGCCGCUUCCCGAGUCAGAAAAUUACUCCAUCGAAUCAAGCUAUGUAAACAGCAGACAGCACCUUAUUAAAAGUAGUUCCACAUUCAAAGACCUGGAAAGAAACAGUCUCAAGGACAGUGGACAUGAAGAAAGUGACCAGACUGACAGCGAGCAUGAUACGCAUCGGGGCCUCUAUUGCGACACAGCUAUCAAUGAAGUGCUAAAUACAACUCACAAUUCCACUGGUUCUCAGGUACCUGAUCAAGAUCAGAACGAACAUUUUACCUGCAUAGAGGAAUGCCGGAUUUUAGGUCACUCAGACAGAUGUUGGAUGCCACGGGUCGCCGUAGCAAGCCGUGCCAAAUCGCCCGAACGUGGAAAAAAUGUUAUUGCACUGUCGAUAGAGACCACCACUGUGGACUCUGAACCCUAUGAGAAUGGCAGCUCAAAGAGAACUUUUGCAACUUUUGGCAAAGACCCCAGGGAUCGCAUCACUGAGAAUGAUAAAACAGAUUUAAAAGGAAAGAGGACAUUUGAUCUACCCAUCUGUAGCCCGAAAGUGAACGGCUCAGUCUCCAGCAGCCAGGAAACCAGUAAUGGUAUUGACAUUUCAAGUCCUGCCAGCACACCUGUGCAUUUGGGCAGCCCCUUGUCUAACAGGCCUGCAGUCACGUACUCUGUGAUGCACUGCCCAGUAACGUGUGAUCUCGACCGACCUUUCAAUCCGGCCUCCUCACAUCUGUCAGAGCCAGGAUCCAGGGAAGCAGACUCAGAGCAUGUCCAAGAGAUCAACCACGUCCUGCACGAUUGCAGGGAAAAGGACUCACCAGGCAUUAAACGAAUACAGGACAUUGUGCUGUGAUCAGUGGGCACCACCCAUAAUGCAGAUAAAUAUUAACACCUUGACAGUUUGUUUCUCGCCUUCCUUCAAUUUCAUAAAUGGCUGUAUUUAAAUGCUUUUUUUUCCUAAGUGUACUUUUUACUCCCAAUAUUUUUUGACAUUUUUCACUGGCAUAGACAGAGUGGGGAAACUCUUAGCAUUUGACCUCCCAUGCAAUUCCAAAAUUAAAUUCACCAAAAUCAGAUCAUAUUAGAUCAAACUACAUUCAACCAGAGACAAGAUAACAAGUGUGAAGCUGGAUGAACACAG